CUCGCGGAGUGGAUGUGCGUUUGGGCGUUCUGCAAAAUACCUGUGAUCACUCUUUUUUUUUUUGGUGUGUUUGUGGCAAUUUCGUGGUGUUUUUUUGGCAAAAAGAAAGUGCUCAAUUGUGUGAGGAGCCAUCAGGAGGACGCCAAUGAGAGAUUUGUGGUGAAAAUAGGGGUAUUAAAGAUGAUGGGAAGCCAGAGCACAAUUGGGGCUCUUGUCGUUUUCGUGUUGCUACCAACAGUCUCCAUAGCAGCAGUUGUGGAACCACCAGAGGCAUUCUUCAAUGGGUCGGCUUACUUGAGGCUCUUCACGCCGAUGCCGGUCUGGGGACAUUCAGCAAUUACCUUUCGAACUUGUCGAGGCAGUGAAAUCUUUUCACAACGCUAUGCUCUCCACACUCUCCGUCUAGCCGUCCAUCCUCAUUCGGUCACUGUGUCCCUGGCCACACCAGAGAAGAACCUUACGGUGAACUUUCCGGUGUUGUCAGGACUCUACGACAAUCAAUGGCAUACCAUUGAAUUUCUCUACCAGCUGGGAAAUCUUAAUUUAAUUGUGGAUCGACAAUCAAUGAUUAUUGCUAAUUCCACCUACAAUAGUGAAUUCCUCACUGACAAUGAGGUGAAGAAUGAGGCAGCUGUGUUGAUUCUGGGAACAAAUUACUCAGGGUGUAUGCUUCAUGGCCCAGGAUUAGUCUUCAACUAUUCUACAAUGCACCCUGUAGGUGUCCUUUUUACUGAUUGUCCAAUGCCUAGUGGCCCUUGUUCGGAGCACGAUGACAUUGUGCACAAUUCAGUGGUGGAUCAUUGUAUCCAUGAUCCCUGUAUGCAGCAUGGAGCCUGUAUUUCUCGACCAGAUAGCUAUGAGUGUCACUGCACAGCUAGGUACAGUGGAAAGAAUUGUGAGGUGGACACAGGUCCUCCCUGUCUCAGUCAGCCCUGUUUCAAUGGUGGAACAUGCCAGGAAGAUUCUCGUGGAGAUGUGCAAUGCUUCUGCCCAGCUGGAUAUACAGGAUCUCGAUGCGAAACUGAACUCAGUGUUCAUCCACUGUGCGAGAUUAAUCCCUGCCGAAACAAUGGGACUUGCAGGGUGUUGGGAAAUGGAAAGAGUGUAGAUUGUGAGUGUCUGGAUGGAUUUUCGGGACCAAUGUGUGAAUUCGAUAGAGAUGAUUGUGAAUCUGAGCCGUGUCAGAAUCACGGGAUCUGUAUGGAUGAAAUUGGGGGCUUCACGUGCAAUUGCGAUGCAACUGGAUACACUGGAAGUGUAUGUCAGCACAAUAUCAAUGAGUGCAGUCAGAGGAAUCCCUGCAUGAAUGGUGGAAUUUGCUAUGAUACCUAUGGGUACUUUAUCUGCGAAUGCAAGCCUGGAUAUGGAGGUUCAACUUGUGAAAUAAUUCUCAAUGAAUGUCAAUCCCAACCUUGUCAACAUGGAGGUACUUGUAUUCCUGGAAAGGGAAGUUUUACCUGCUCCUGCAUGAGUGGAUACUCUGGAGCCACCUGUGAAAUAUCACCGCCUUGCCCUCAGUGUCCCAGUGACUCUGAGUGCAUCGCUGGGCAGUGUGUCUGCAAACAGGGGACCACUGGCUCCGUAGGCUAUUGUAUUCCUAAGCUUGGUCAGAAAUCGGCUAAAAGUAAUGCAUGCACAUGCCUCAAUGGGGCCACUUGUGUUGGAACAGCUUCCAAUAUUUCGUGUAUCUGUGCUGCUGGCUUUACAGGUCCCCGGUGCGAAAUCCCAGUGGCUUUGGCAUUCUCUGAUGAAUGCUCAUGCCUCAAUGGAGGCACUUGUGGCUUCAAUUCUACGGAAUGUAUUUGCCCGCCGGGUUUUGAGGGUGGUCGGUGUGAGAGGACAGUUCCGUGCAAUGGGAGCAAUUGUCCAGAAGUCACUCCAUGUUCUGUCCAGCCGUGCCUGAAUGGUGGCAGUUGCUUUGAGGCCGGAAACGAUUACUUCUGCAAGUGUUCUACUGGAUACAAUGGAACUCGAUGCGAAAAUGAUGUGGAUGAGUGCGAGAAGGCUGAUGUCUGUGGCCAUGGAAUCUGUGUCAAUCGUCCGGGAUCUUUUAAGUGUUACUGCGAACCUGGAUAUACGGGAGCUGUUUGUGAUUUAGAUGUGGAUGAGUGUUUGAGUAGGCCAUGCAAGAAUGGAGCUGCUUGCAGGAAUCUCGUCAAUGAUUAUCAAUGUGUUUGUCCUCCUGGGUAUUCGGACAAGGAUUGUUCGACAAAUAUCGAUGAAUGUGCAGAUAAUCCAUGUUCCAGGGGUUCCACUUGUAUCGAUCAAAUUGCCAAUUUUACGUGUGUUUGCAUUCCGGGAAUGACGGGAAGAUUGUGUGAGAUCGAUAUCGAUGAUUGCGAAUCUCAGCCAUGUCUUCAUGCAGGGAGGUGUAUUGAUGAAUUGGGAGGGUAUCAGUGCGAUUGUAAGGGUACUGGAUACACAGGUAAUCAGUGUCAGUUGAAUAUUGAUGAGUGUGAGACAAAUCCUUGUCAGAACGGGGCAAAGUGCGUCGAUGAGAUUAAUGACUACACCUGCGAAUGCUAUCCUGGGUACACUGGGAAGAACUGUGAAGUGGAUAUCGAUGAGUGUGAGGUAAAACCUUGUCUGUUCAAUGGAACCUGUCAUCAGAGAUCGAAUAGAACACUCUAUGAAUUACCGGAUCAUCAAAGAUAUUCCCUUCCGGAAAUCUUUUCACGACCAUUUUCAUAUGAAAAUGCCAGUGGAUACGAAUGCGUAUGCGUCGAUGGGGUUAUUGGGAAAAAUUGUGAGACCAAUAUUAAUGAGUGCGAGAGCAAUCCGUGCUCCAAAUUUGGAUCCUGUGUGGACGAAGUUGGGACAUAUUGGUGCGAUUGCGAGCCGGGAUUUGAGGGGAAGCAUUGUGAGAUUAAUAUCGAUGAAUGCGAGAAGUACAAGCCUUGUAUCCAUGGAACUUGCAUGGAUGGCCGGGACAAUUACAUCUGCGACUGUGAUCCACUCUGGGGAGGAAAGAAUUGCAGUGUCAGCUUAAUUGGAUGUGUCAGUCAGCCUUGUCUCAAUGAUGGCAUUUGCAUUCCGUAUUUGGAGAAUGAGAAUCUCCAUAAAUUCAAUUGUUCCUGCAGAUCAGGAUUUCAAGGAUCAACUUGUGAAAAAGUCACAACAAUGUCUCUGGUGGCGAGUAGUUUGAUCACAGUGAACACUUCAAGGGAUGAAGGAUAUGAGAUUCAGUUGAGAUUUCGAACAACUCUACCCAAUGGGAUUUUGGCCUUUGGCAAUGGGAAUACGUACAGUUAUAUCCUAGAACUGGUCAAUGGGAGACUAAAUCUCCAUUCUUCUCUCCUGAACAAAUGGGAGGGAGUCUUUAUAGGAUCUGGAUUGAAUGAUAGCAAAUGGCAGAAGGUUUUUGUGGCCAUCAAUUCGUCCCAUUUGGUUUUGUCUGCCAAUGAGGAGCAGACAAUCUAUCCAAUAAAUUCCUACGAAGGCACAAAUGCUAGUCAUACCAGUUUUCCAACGACGGAUUUGGGUGGAACAAUUCCCAAUCUCAAUUCCUACCUCAGACACCUCACUCAUACUCCUUCGAGCUUUGUGGGAUGCAUGGAAGAUGUGGUGAUCAAUGGACAAUGGGUAUUUCCCUUUGAUACGGACAAUAAGACCAUGAGACUGGUCAAUGUCGAACAGGGAUGUCCACGAACUGAACAGUGCAAUCCUAAUCCUUGCAAUUCCAAUGGACUCUGUUCAGAUCUCUGGCAUACUUUCUCGUGCUCCUGCACAAGGCCUCAUCUCGGGCAUACAUGCAAAUUCAAUAUCACAGCAGCAACUUUUGGCCACGAAAACACCACCCAUUCAGCAGCAAUUGUCGAUGUAGCAGAGCGUCCCAGGAGAUCUGUCAGGACCAUCGUGGAUAUUUCCAUGUUUAUCAAGACACGCCAACCAACAGGGCAGAUUUUCUACUUGGGUAGCGAUGCCAGGAAAAUUCCCUCAAACAGAGACAUUGGAGACUCCUACGUAUCAGCUAAAUUGCUAGGAGGGGAGCUUCAUGUUCAAAUCCAAUUCAAUGGUACCCCAGAAGCCUACACCGUCGGAGGGAAUAAACUAGACAAUGGCUACACUCACCUAAUCCAGGUUAUAAGGAACCUUACCCUUGUUCAGGUGAAACUCAAUGGAACUGAAUACUUCAGGAAAACUCUGUCCUCGACGGGAAUCUUAGAUGCUCAAGUACUCUAUUUAGGAGGACCUCCUCCAUCGGCAAAUUUCUCAACGGACAGGAACUACUUCAAGGGAAUCAUUCAGGAUGUUCAAGUGUCAAAUGGUUCACAGGUUAUGAUUGUUGAACUGUAUCCUCUGAAUGAGGCCAACUUAAUCCUUCCGCCACCCUUUGGCGAUGUCUCAAUUGAUCGCAAUUCUAUCCUCAAGGGAGAAGUAUCUGAUGAUCUCUGUCGGACGCAACCAUGCCAUCGUGAGGCUUCCUGCAGGAAUACCUGGAAUGACUUUGUCUGCAUUUGUCCAAGAGGCUACAAAGGUAAAUAUUGCCAAGAUAUUCAGUUCUGUGAGCUCAACAAAUGUCCAGGACAAGCCACAUGCCAAAAUCUCGAUGAUGGAUUCGAGUGUAUCACAAAUAUGACAUUCCAAGGGAAUGAAGAAAGUCCCUUGGCUUUUGAAUUUGUGCCCAAAGAUCCCAAGAAUCCCGAUGACUAUCGUCAAACUACCAUUGAAGUUUCCUACAGGAGUAAAACUGGCGGAACUCUUUUGUAUGUCCAGGAAGAGGAUAUGUACUUUGAGAUUGCCGUGUUCAAUGAUCAAGUCACAGUCCAAUGGAGGUUAUCGUCGGAAUUGCCAGAGACAAAGCGAUUCCACAAAGAAGUGGCUGAUUUCGAUUGGAGUACGAUUUUCAUUCGUGUCCAGGAUGGAACACUCGAAGGUGGAUGGAAAGGAUGGGAUUCAAUGCCGGAUCCCAAUCCUCAAAUAUUCGCUUUAGUAGAUCAGAGUGCAUUCCUGCAUUUGUUCUCGGGAAAAUUCCUAAUACACUUGGGAGGGGUUCCGUCUCAUGUGGACAAUAGCAUUCCCAAGGGAACUGCCAACAAUGGGGCAAAAUUCAAGGGUUGCUUAGGUGAAGUUAGGGUCAAUGGUUUGGUUCUGCCCUAUUUCCCAGACUCUGAAGUUUAUACGGACAAAAUACAGCCAAGAUCGCACUACAAUUUGAAUUCUACGAAACCAGAGGAAGGAUGCAUCCUGUGCUUCCAGAGUGACUGUCAGAAUGGCGGAACUUGCUCCAAUGCCUCUGAUCAGUAUGCCUGUGAGUGUCCUCUGGGGUAUGCUGGAGAUGAUUGUUCAGAGAACAUUGAUGAAUGUCUGGCAGCUGAGUGUGCCAACAACUCCACCUGCAUCGAUGGGAUUGCUAAUUAUACAUGCAGGUGUAUGCCAGGGUAUGAGGGCAGACACUGUGAACUGGAGAUUGAUGAAUGUGAAUCCAAUCCGUGUCACAAUGGUGGCACCUGCACUGAUCACAUUGCCGACUUCAGCUGCACCUGCACUGAAGAUUACGCUGGACCACAAUGUGAUGUUCUACGUCUGGUCACGUGUGAGAACAAUCCCUGUCGCAACGGCUCAUCUUGCGUUGAUGGUUACAAUGGAACAACAGGUAAUAACUUCACUUGCAACUGCUUGACGGGAUUCGUAGGUCCUCUCUGCGAUAUUCCAUUCUGCCAGGAAGAACCUUGUCUCAACGGUGGAUUUUGCUUCACUGAACCAUCUCUACCUCCUGUAUGCCAGUGCAGUCUGGGAUUCACUGGCAGAGUCUGUGAGAUUGACAUCGAUGAGUGUGCUUCUCAACCUUGCCAGAAUGGUGGCUCCUGCAUGGAUCUCAUUGCUGACUACAGAUGCAAUUGCUCAGGGACUGGUUUCGAUGGGGUUCACUGCGAUCAUGACAUUGAUGAAUGUGCCACUGGAAGGAUCACGUGUGGUGGAAGGGGAAUGUGUCUCAAUACUCGAGGAUCUUUCAAAUGCAACUGCCAAAUGGGACUCUGCGGAAGAGCCUGUGAUUUCCCUGAUCCUUGUCUGGAGGAGGAAAUCUGUCUCAAUGGUGGAGUUUGCAUUGAGAACUGCGCAGAACAGCCUGGGUAUAUCUGCAAUUGCACAGAGGGAUUCACAGGAAGGAACUGCUCUGAAAUUGACACUAAUUCUUACACUGCUUAUGUGUAUUUGUACAUAAAGCGCGCAGUGAGAAAUUCACUCUCAUAUUUCCUCUAAAAAAAAGAUCAUUUAGCACUCCGUCAUCAUCUUCUCUGUCUCUAUCUUGCUUCAUCUAUAAUCACUUGCACUUAAGAGGGAUUGAUUUUUUUGCGGGAAUUUUGGGAAGAUCACUUACAUAGAUUUUUCAAAAUAAACAGGCAACGCCCAUUCAGAGUGGCUACGCGCCUACGGAUAUUGCAAUAAUCGUAGUGCCGAUUGUUGUGGGGCUACUGGCUCUCGGUGGAGCUCUCCUGGCGGCUUUCCUCGUGAUGGCACGCAAUAAGAGAGCUACCCGAGGUACAUACAGCCCAUCAGCCCAGGAAUACUGCAAUCCACGCCUCGAGAUGGAUAAUGUGCUAAAGCCACCACCAGAAGAGAGGCUUAUUUAGAGAAAGAGCGUGCCCUUCUUCAUCUAAUCAUCUGCCCAGGAAUUAUGUCGAGUAGGACAGAAAACAUUCCACAAAAAAAAAAAAAACGCAAACACAUUUUUUCGACUCUUAAAAAAAGAUUUGCGCAAAGUAAGAUGCGCAUCUUUUCCUUCUUCUUCAUUAACUAUUUUUUAUACAUUUCGAUUUACGAUAGAUGAACAUUUAUUUAUUCGACGAGUAGUUGGAAAAUGUGACGUGUUGCCUUGAAUGAAUUUUUAUGUGAUAUAAAUAACGAUAAAUUAAGACAAUAUUUGAGGGAAAAGAAGAUUUCUAUAUAAAAAGUGGAUUAUAUACUGCUCUCUCUCUUUGAGUACGAGCAGUAAAAUGUGUAGAGUAGAGAAUUAUUGAGGAGAAUGUAGGUUAUGAAAAAAAUAAGAUUUUGGGUUGAUGUUGCGCAGUUUGAAGAUUAAAAUUGAAUAUUGAAUGGGUUUUAUGUCUGAUGCUGUAAAACCUUAAUUUUUAGACUGACAAAUGUAGAUUAGGGAAAAGCGCGCUACCUUCGGACUCGGACGACUCAAGCUUCGGACAAUUCAUUUUUUCUCUAUGUUCCUUUUGGAUUUCACCCUUACCUCUUUCCUGAAAAUUUGAGGUAUUGGACUACCUAUUAAAAUAUAUUAUAUAUAAUGAAUCAAAUUCAUUUAUAACACAUUGAAAAAAAUUAUUUGUACGCAGCAUAAAUCGUCCGAAGAUAGUGCGCUUUCCCCUACUCCAUUUAUUGAUUGCUAUUGCUCAAAUCAGGAAAAUGUCUGAGGAGUUGCAGUUCCUGAACUUUUUUAUUUCAAUAUAUACAAAUUAUAAUAUUGUAUUCAUUUAUAUUCUUAUUUUCAUGCUGACUCAUUGGUACGAUUGGUACCAUUUUGUAUCUAUAGACGCAAAAUAAUUUUCAUUUCUUUUUGGUACUAAAGUGAUCAUAGCCCUGGUUCUUCAGAACAUAUUUAGAGUUUCAUAAUAAGAAAAUGAAAGGUCUUUGAAGAGUCUACAACUCUCUAGUACUAGUGAAACUUGUUUGACAUUCCCAAUUGCAGAUUUUCUUAUUUAGAGAAACUUAGGGAAUUAUUCCCUAGAGUGGGGUCUCUUAUAAAAAGUUUAUGACUAAUCCAUUAUAAUUACUCUAUUUUUUGACGAUAAAUAAUUUAUUUUAAAAGAUUCUGACUGCAAGAAAAUUGAAAUUAAUGACACGAAUUAAUACGUUCUUUCGUUUAACUUUCUUUUUUUUAAAUCAGUAACUUUAUGCUGUUAAUAUAACUUAAAAGUAUUUUUGCGGACCAAAUUUAUUAGUGAAAAUUCAUCAAUGCAAAUAGUUUAAGCCUCAAAAUAGCACACGUGAUCAAUUAAGGAGCAAUUCAUCUUAAAAUUUUAAUGUGAAAUUUCGACGAACGGAACGGACGUACGAAUUAAAAAUCUGUCCCAGUUUUUAUUUAAAGCAAUUUUUCUAAUUUUUCUUAAUAAUCAGUACUAGCUUCUCGGGAGAUGCUCAGACUUUUGUAAUUGGUUACCUACUAAUUAAAUCACUUCACACAUUUUUUUUAAUUGAUAACUCGUUGUCAAAUAGAUGUACAAUCGUGUUGGACCCAUCAAAAAAUCAAGAAUGAUAUAGGGGAAACUGGGGCAUCACCAAACACGGGGUAGCACCAAUCACUGCAAUUUUUUAAUCAGAUAUUCGACUUGAGAAGACAAGACCAAUAGGAAUUUACAGACACUAUAGGGAUGCUUGUCUACUGAAAAAAAAAUGGUUGAGAUAGUCCAAAUAGUUUAGAAAUAUUAGAUGAGCACAUAUAUUCUGUCAGUAGAAAAGGUCAAAAGUUUGGAGCGGUAUAUCUCAACUCCUGAUGAACAUAAUUCAAUGAGUGAACUAUUGUUGGAAAGCUUGGCUCAUUGGCUCUUAGAAUCUGGGAUAUGUAAUCUGCUAUGGGUAAACCAUGGUCAUCCAGAACCACUUAUGUCGAAAAAGACAUUUUUUGUAACGUCAUUUUUGCCCAUCCACUGCUGGGAGCAGGAGUGACCCACGAUUCUCGCACAUGGUCUGUUUGUUAGAGGGACUGAAAGGGUAUAAUUUAUGGAAGGAACUUUUUUUUUGGACAUCACUCUUUUUUUUAUUCAUCGACUUUUGCAAGAAUUUUGAAAUGAUAAACGGAAGGGAAAAAUUACAGAAAUCCUUCUAUCCCCUUUUCUGGACAAACUGAUGAAGAUAUCGACUUGGAAUGUUCUGAGUAUCCCUCCAUAAGUUGAUCCAAGGAAUCCAAAUGUCACUUCAAUUUCAUCCCAGCGUCUACCAUUCCCCUCCAGAAACCACUCUUUUUUGAAUAUAUCAAGAACCAGACCAUCGAUGCAUUUCAUUUUUGGAUAUGUUUUAGAGAGUGUCCUAGCGGACAUUUCAUCCAUACAUCUCAAAGACGUCCGACCUCUUCUUACACGUGCAAAUAAUCUGGUCAGAAGAGCAGAAUUUCUUGUGAACAAUUUUCUGACCAAAGAGACAAAGUUAGCGACUUUUAUUGUUCUGAGUACCCCCCAAAAGUCAACCUAACGAAUCGAAACAACACAUGCAUUUGCCUUUCAUCCCACUCCUUCUCCUCCAGAAACCACUCUUUUGGGAAUAUUUCAAGAAAUAAACCAUCGGUCCUUUCCAUUUUUGGAUAUGUUUUUGACAUGGCUAAGGCGGACAUUUCGUCCUCAGACACCAAUAUUAUCCAAAAAUUUUUUCUUUGAUAUUUUGAAUUUUCUUAUUUAAAAAUCUUGUGCUCUUGAUCGAAAUUCCCACUGCGUCUAUUUUGGUCUGUAUUAUACGAAUAAAAUGCGAUAUUUUUUGUAUAAAAAAAGCUAAGGAUUUUGAAAAAAAAUAUUUUUGGAAUAAAAUCAAUCUAUAUUAGUGUCUUCGUCUUUUGGUUAAAGAAGAAAACAUAUUUUUAUAGAAAAUGUAAUUCUCAUCGACUAUAAGAGAUUUAGAGGUACUGUCUCUAUUUAGAUUUGUACACUAUAUAUAUUUUUUAUAAAUCGGAUUCCAAUUUUCAGAAAAUAUGAUAAAAAUUGCUCACAAAAACUCAAUUUAUUGUUAAUUUCGUAUAAAUCUCAAACUUACCGUCAACAUCAACCCAAUUAAAUUGUAAUAACAUCUUGACUUUCUUUUUAAAAUGAUUUCUCUCUAAAUAAUUUUGAAGGAAAAAAAUAUACUUUUUACUCUUAUGAUUAGGGUUAAUGUUAAGUAGGAGAGAGAUGUUAGGUGAUAGUAAUGUGAGAAUUGUAAUGAGAGAGAAAAAUGGGAAUUAGGCUAUAAAUUGGUAAUUUAAAAGACAAAUAUCAUGUGAAAAAAUCCAACUGUACAAAAGAUUUUGGUACUGAUUGAUAUCUUUACGUCAGUAUUUUUUUUAAUUACUUCAAACAAUUCGCCAGUCUCUGACUUUUUCAAACCUGAAACCUUUUGCCAUUGAAUCAGUUUUAAUGGUUGAUGGUAGGAUUUUUUUUAAAAGGGUUUUCAGGGAGAAAAGUCUUUUUGUUUAAACUGCGAAUUUAUUAAAUAAUUUAAUUGUAAUUAAUCCGAGAGCUAAAAUGAGAAAAGCUUUUCUAGUUAAUUCAUUAAAAAGGAAGAUUGAGAAUAGAACGGCAUGUUUAUUGAUUUUCUUUUUAUUAAAAUAUUCUAUAAAUAAAUAAAGAAAAAAAUACUCUGGGAAAAUGUAUAAAAAAAAACAACCGUCCUUUUGAGAAAAGAAUAAUUUUAAAGAAAAAAAAAUUGUUGCAAUAUAAUUGACUCACAAAUCUAAAAUGUUGCCUUAAGAAAGUGCCGUCCUUAGAGAAAAAGAAAAGUAUCCUUUUGUACUUAAUCGUUAACAGUAGAUCUUAAAUACAUUUGUAAAUACUUAAGAAUGAGACUUUUUGCACCACAUUAGACAACCAGUAAUUCUUAAGGAAGAAAUCCAAUUGGUAAAUUUGUUUUGCAAACCACAACCAAAGGGAGAAAAAUAGAAAAAAAAGAAAAUCUACAAUGAAAGUUCUUUAGCACUCUAAAAAUGACUUUAUGACCGUGUUCAAGAAUGACUGAUUCUUAAGCUUAAGCAAACUCUGUAAUUUCUCUGUUUUCCCAAAUUGGAAGUUUUAUCAAAUAAAAGUGGAUUUCUUUUGUCAACACAAAACAAA